GCCCGAGAAACGGAGUACAUUUACUCCAGUUCUACACUCAGGUACAAGUGUGAGGUACUUUACCGAGUACUUCUGAGUACUUCCAUGUUCCAUUACUUCUCCUCCCACCACAUUAUUCAGCUGGGGAACUGUAACUGCAGUAACGGAGUACUUUUACUCAGAUACUGAGUACUUUUACUCAGAGUGUUACUGUACUGGUAUUUUACUAGAGUAUUUACAAGUUGUACUACUGCAUACUUCCAUCCUACUGCAUUUAUUACACGUUAAAAAGUAGUGGGGGUAAGUAACUGAGUACAUGUACUCUGUUACUGAGUACAUGUACUCUGUUACUGAAUAAAUGUGCUCAGUAACAGAAUACAUGUACUCAAGUACUUCUGCAGAAUAUUUCCAAGUUUUGCAACUUUUUCCUCCAACUCUGUUUUCUGUGUUUGUGUGUCUGUGUGUAGUUGUGUAUAUCUGUGUGUUUAUGUAGUUUUGUACUUUUGUGUGCCUAUAUUUGUGUACUUUGUUGUGUUUAUGUAGUUGUGUGUCUGUUUAUGUAGUUUUGUGUUUUUUGUGUAGUUGUGUUUCUGUAGGUGUGUGUAUCUGUGUGUGUUAUUUAGUUGUGUGCGUCUGUGUUAUUUAGAUGUGAAUGUGUGUUAUUUAGUUGUGUGUGUGUGUGUGUGUGUUAUUUAGUUGUGUGUUAUUGUAUUUGGGUGCAGUGCCCCCUAUCCGCCACCAGGGGCGCUGUGAUGGCUUCGUGUUGUCGUCGCUGCUUCCUGUGGGUGUUUAAACAAAGAAGAAGUUCCAGCAGCGGGUUGAUCUGAACCUCAGCGGCUCUGUGGACCGAACCGGACCGAACCGGGUCGGGAUGCUGCGGUAUGGAAGCGGAUGAGUCCCCGCGGAGGAAGCGGCGGAAGGCGUACCUGCGGCUCCGCGGCUCUCCGGACGCUGCUGUCGCUGCUCUGGUGGAUCUUCUGCCGGAUCUGGACCCGAACCGCGGCCGCCUUCCGGACCGGAGCCGCCGUCCGGCAGCGAGACGACAGCCCGGAGCAGGGACAGCGGCUCCGAAGCCACCAGCGGCGGGCCUUCGAGUUCAUCUCUGCGGCGCUGAGGAUCGACGAGGACGAGGAAGACAGGUGGACAGUCUGCUGUGUGAGCGGAGGGAAGGCGAACAUGAUGCCAGCCGACGCCUGAAGACGGAGUUCCUGAUCCAGUUCGAUGGG